AGCGAAGAUCAUCUCGACAGUUUUUAUCUCAGUCAAUGCAAUUUGAGAGGUCAAAUUCCAGAUCUUUCAGGCUAUCGAAAUCUGUGGUUGUUAGAUCUAUCGAAAAACCAACUCAAAGGGUCAAUACCUGAGUGGCUUGGCCAGCUUGAUAGCCUAACUAUCCUUGAUCUAUCUAAUAACUCGUUUCACAGUUCCAUUCCUUCUAAUCUCCUAAACGCAUCAGCUACAUUAGACUAUUUAGAUAUUAGCUUCAACGACUUGAGUGGUCCGCUCCCAAAAAUUCUUGGUCAAAAUAAGUCUGCCAACUCAAUUAGACGGGAUAACCCGUAUUUGAAAAUAUUUAUGUCGUCUAAUAAAUUUGAAGGAAGGCUUCCUCGAGUAUCAAAUUGGGUCCAAGCUUUGGAUUUAUCUUACAACUCUUUCUCGGGACCUUUAUACACUUUAUUGUGUCACUCUGAGACUAACCAGACUGAUUUGGAGUAUUUGGACCUAUCAAAUAAUUAUCUCACUCAAGAACUUCCAGAUUGUUGGAACAAUUGGAGAUCUUUGUUUUACAUAUACUUGGGGAAUAAUCAAUUGACUGGUCGAGUUCCACCAAUGAUGGGUUCAUCAUUACCUGACCUAAGGGCAUUAGAUCUACAUAAUAAUGGCUUUUCUGGUGAUAUACCUUCGACUUUCAAUAAUUGCAAGUCUUUGUUGCUUCUCAAUUUAGAAGCAAACAACUUCUCUGGAGAUAUACAAGCAUGGAUGCCCCAAGAUAUAUCAAUUGUAAAAUUGAGAUCCAAUCAAUUCACAGGGAACAUUCCGCUACAACUAUGUCGUCUCUUUAAAUUGAUGGUAUUAGACCUUGCUAAUAAUGAGCUUUCAGGAUCAAUCCCUCACUGUCUGCACAACACGACCAGUUUGUCUCUCCGUGAUCUUGAACAUGUUUUACACGUUCAACCAUCACAUUAUGAAUUACCAAGUAGAGACGAAUUCAUGAAAAUUGAUUUGCAUACAAAGGGUCAACAAUUAGAGUAUCAGAAAAAUCUGAAGUUGGUGAGAAGUAUUGAUCUAUCAGCUAACAGGCUAUCGGGAGAAAUUCCUAUGCAAUUGUUCAAGCUCACCGAGUUACAAUCACUGAACUUGUCCUACAAUUAUUUGAUAGGAGAGAUACCAAAGCAUAUUGGAGAGAUGAAAAAUCUAGAAUCUCUUGAUUUGUCCCACAACAAUCUUCAUGGGAAUAUUCCUCAGAGCAUGUCCGGUCUAUCUUUUCUUAGUGUUUUGAAUCUAUCAUACAACCAUUUCAGUGGCCAAAUUCCACUGGGCACUCAGCUUCAGAGUUUUGAUGCAUGGAGUUACGCCGGAAAUCCUGAUCUUUGUGGGCCUCCUCUUCAAAAGCACUGCACAAUACCAGAUAACACAGAGAAAGUUGAAGAAAAUGAGGAUGAUGGUUUUUUGAAGUCAUUGUAUCUUGGAAUGGGAGUUGGCUUUGCUGUAGGAUUCUGGGUAGUUUGUGGUUCACUAGUCCUGAACAGAGCAUGGAGGCACUCUUAUUUUCGAUUUUUUAAUGGUGUGGUUGAUCGAAUCUAUGUUAUUGUGGCCAUAAAGCUCCAAAAAUUCCGCUGAAUGGGAAUAUGCUGCAACUCCAGGUGGUUGAUUCCAGAUUUUCAAGACUCGCAUGAGUCCCAGAAGAUUCGGCGCUUAAGCCCUUUGAUCAAUGGAAUUUUAGAUGAAGCUUUGAUAAAUGACCGCAACUUCAAUAAG